UGGCAGCAAUGGUCGGUCUUGCACGGUAACUAAAGCCCCAACAACACUUUCUACAGCACCCUGUGAAUAUCGGGUCGAUUUUGCGCAGACAUGAGGGAAAGGCAGAAGAAGAAAAAGGGGAGGACGUGGGCAGAGGCCGCCAAAACGGUUCUGGAGAAGUACCCGAACACACCGAUGAGUCAUAAAGAGAUCCUGCAAGUUAUUCAGAGAGAACGACUCAAGGAGAUAAGUGGGACUUCCCCUCUUGCCUGUCUCAAUGCCAUGCUUCAUUCAAACUCACGUGGAAGGGAAGGAAUCUUCUAUAAAGUCCCUGGUCGAAUGGGAGUCUAUACACUGAAGCAGAAGGACAUUGCAGAUGUGGUGAAGGAGCUGUCAGAAGAGGCCUCAGAGGACAGCAGUGAUAACAUGUCUGAUACCCAAUGCACAGAAAAUAACAGCACCACCACCAACAGCAAAGAUGGAUGCAGAGGAAGGUGGAAAAGGAGAGUACCGGCGAAACUGCAGUCUCAGCCGUCCUCACCACAAUCACGUUGUUCGUCUCCAUCAGUUUCCAGCAGCAAACUUAUCUCUCCAUCACAGAAACACAGCAAGAGGGCCCUCAAACAGGCACUGAAACAGCAGCAGCAGAGGAAUCAUCGGAGACAGUGUGGAAUCCCCACAACCUCCAGCCCAAGGCUGCUCCUCAAGACUGUCAAAGACAUGACUCAUGAUUCAUCCUCCUCCAAAUCAUCCUGGGAACCGAAACAGACAGAGCGCUGCCCUGCCAGUCCACAUAACUCUACCUCCAGCUCAUCCUCAUCUGUCAAAGCAGAUGUGUGCCACACGGCUGGAGCCCGGAAAGUGUCUCAGCACUCCAGUCGGCUUAGUGCCAGACAACUGAGGCGUACAAAGUGUGAGAUAGAUGUUGAGACCCCAGACUCCAUCCUUGUCAACACCAACUUGCGAGCACUAAUCAACAAACACACUUUCUCAUUGUUGCCUACAGAAUGUCAGCAGAAACUGUUGACAAUGCUGCCAGAGGUUGAUCAGCAGGCUAGUAUGGAUGGGGCAUUGAAGGUGACCAGUUCUGCUUUGAACAAUGAGUUCUUCACAUCAGCAGCACAAUCUUGGAAGGAGCGGCUGGCAGAGGGUGACUUCACCCCUGAGCUGAGACUGAGAAUGCGACAGGAAAUUGAGAAAGAAAAGAAGGUGGAGCAUUGGAAAGAGCAUUUCUUUGAGAGCUACUAUGGCGAACAUUCUGGCCUAAGUAUAGAGGAAUCCAGAGAACUGACAGAUGCUGCUGACAAUCCUGAACCAGCUAAAUGCACAGUGCAACCAGACAAGCCAGAGAUCGUUAAAGAGUCACAGAAGGUACACCAGGUGAUAGAGGUCAGUCACAGAGAGUUGAGAUCCAGAGAUGUGAAGACAGCAGUAACACAUCCUUCCCCUGAAGAGCCAAUCAAACUUCCAGCUCCAGAACAUCCACAGUUGUCCUUAGAGACAAGGAAUGAAGAACCAGAACAAUUUAUUGAAGAGUCAUCUGUUCAGAAAGCAGUAGGGCCCAAACUAGAGGGUGAAAAAACACUAGAAAAUGAGAUCAAGUGUAAGAACCCAACACCACCUUUGGAAGCAGUGGUCACUUGUUUGACAAUAAAGGAGACACAGGCAACUAAAAUUGAAAUCCCUGUGUCUGAGGUUAAACAGACAUUAACAGAGAGGAAUCGGGCAGAAUCUCCAAUGCUUGCUGUUACAUCUGAGCAUCUGAAAAGGAAGGGCUCUAGUGAACAGGAAACUGAGCUCAUAACAGAGAAGAAGCCCCGUGUCACUCCACCAGACGUGUCAUCCCCAGUUACAGCUAAAGAAACAGUAGAACAGAGAGUACCUCCUCUCAAAAUCUCAGUUUUACGAAUUCUCUCUGCCCCUGCUGUUAUUGAGCCAGUAUCCCCAAGGACUCCUGUGCCCUUGACACCACCUAGCAUUCGUCCCGGUCGUACCGGUGCUCGUACUCUAGCUGACAUUAAGGCAAAAGCCCAGUUAGCGCGAGCACAGCGUGCCGCAGCGGCAGCAGCUGGGUCAUCUUCCUCAAGGGGAGCCAGUUCAGUUGGAAGAACCUCCACACCCUCUCCAGCUCUGUCUUUUUCUGAGGAGUUUUCACCAACAAGCAGCAGAAGCCAAUCUGUGUCACCCAUAAAGCUGAGCUCUGGGUCUCCUGAGGGCACAGGGGGACUUUCACAAACUUCUCCUUCCUCGGGCUUUACUGGACACAUAGAAACUGGUUUUGCUCAAGGCUUCAGUGCAAGCCAGGUUCUUUUAAAAGACAAUAGCUCUUUGAUGGGGUCUCAAACCACUCCGAGUAUGUUGAACCCUACGGUGAUGGAUCAACAUAGCUUUCUCAGUGGUGGUGGAGUGCUAACACCUAUAAGUCAGGAAGGAAAACUAACAGUCUCAAACGCAGUUGCACAAAACCAGAGACCACAGCAGACAGCUUUGUCAGGAGCAUCAAUGACUAAGACUAGCUCUUCAAUCCCAACAAAUAAUCCUCUGGUCACCCAGCUUCUUCAGGGCAAAGAUGUUCCCCUUGAAAAGAUCCUUCCAAAGCCAUUAGCCAAAAUGGAGGUUCAAUCUUUUUCCAUUUCCGACCAAGAUAAAGGUAACCAUGGUACCACCACUGUUGGGUUAAAACAAGAGGACCCUACAAACAAAAUAGAUAUCAGCAGAUUUGGGCACCACAUUUCUGCUGGUCCAUCUACAAUGCAAGUCAGAUCUGCGGUAAGUGGGGACAAGCUGGUUAAAAGCACUCAGGACCCAAUCUUCCACCCACUAAGGCCCAAAUGUGAGCCGAAACACACUAGCUUAAGCAAACAACCCUCCCAUUUUCAAUCCUAUCAACUAGGGCUCCUUGACUGCAUCCAGGACCAAAGUAUCCACCUUGGUAUUUUUGGACGGAAGAGGACGUCCAAGCCAGCUAUGACAGGACACUACCUCCUCAAUGUCUCCACAUAUGGUAGAGGAUCUGAGAGUAGCAAAUGGCCACAUCUGUCUGGUAAUAAAAGCACAGCCGUCUCCAAAUUGAAGCCCUUGAAGAAAGAGAAAAUGGAAGUAGAGGAGCAUGUGAAAGAAAGGGCAGAAUUUGAUGGAGGGACUCAUACCUCCUCUCAAGAACACCUGAAUUCACCAAGGGUCAAAGUGGAACAGAAAGGGUAUUGCAUAACAGAACCAGACGAGGUGUUGGCACCACAGCCCUGUUCUGAUAUAAAGUCUGAAUCUCCAUCUCAGAGCUGUUUAUCCAAAAAAGAAAAAGUCAACACUAGAACCAAAGAAACAUGCUCAAGAACGCAGCUUGAUGUCUGUAUACAGGGUAAAACAGAGCCAUAUCAGUUAAACGACUGCCGCCAACACAUGUACCUGUCUCAGAAAUCACAUAAUGGACAAGAACUUGUAAUAGGCCCUCAGUAUGGUGGCACCAUCAGCAUGUCUGUCCCUCAAGUAUUGAACCACAGCAUGGCUGACACUCUAACCUCUCCUACAGUGGCCUGCAGUGGUGACAGUGAUGUGGCUGGUGGAGGUAUGAUGUCCUUUUCUGUCACUGUUACCGCUAUACCUGCCGGUCACCUGCUGGAUCAGAGUAAUCAGGGCGAGACCUCACCCGAGCAAGCCUUCAUAGAAACUUCAGGAAUGGAGGAUGUCCAGUCAAAGUGCUACUGUCGGCUAAAGGCCAUGAUUAUGUGCAAAGGUUGUGGCGCCUUUUGUCAUGAUGAUUGCAUUGGUCCAUCCAAACUAUGUGUCUCCUGUUUGGUGGUACGGUAAUGGUCAUUAUUGCAGGGCUUUAAAUACAACAUUGAGAAUUAUAGGUGAAGUGUGUAAUUUUUGUCUAUGUCAAAAUACUUUCUCCUAUCUCAGCAUGAUAUGAAGAGAGGACCAUAAAGUAAGCCAUUUGUAUGGUUUUAUUCCUCUGAGAGGUGUAAGCACUAUGGCUCUCUUGCACUUUUUAGCAUCCUGACCAAUCUGACAUAGCAACGCUGGCUCAACCAAUUGCCAUUUGUUUGGGGCUUGAAUAGUCCCUAACCCAAUUGUUCUUCUUCUGAACAAAAUGUGGCAUAUAACUUGUCAUGUCAUCAAAAACAAUUCUGUAUACUUGGCAUUGAAAAGUAAACAGAGUGAUCAUAUCUCUGAAUAAGAACGCUAUAGAGACUUGGUCAUGGGCUUAUUUGGCUCAGCCCUCAACACCAUAGAGACAUGGGGACUCUUUUGACUUGGGGCAGUGUACUGAGGCCUUUUGUGGAUUGAGGGCCUUUGUGGACAUCUUGUAGCCCUUGAGGGCCUCUGGGAGCCCUAGCAAUAUCUUGCCACCAGAGUGAGCACUUUUAACUUGAGGCAGUGUACUGAUGCUGUUUGUGGGUCCCUUGAUGCCCUUGUUGGCCCCUGGGGGCCCUAGCCAUAUUGCACUAACAUAACCUUGUAGAGACAUGUGAGACAUGUGGGCUCUUUUGACUUAGGGCAGUGUCCUGAGGCCCUUGGUGGGACUUUGUGGUGGCGAGUUUCCCACAGCAAGCACCAAUGUCUUUUUUCAGAAAAUGUACAUAUCUAGUAAUUUUUGCAAUUCUGUUUGAUGCAAGUGGUUCAGAAAUUACACACUUCACCUUUAAAUUACAUCACUGCAGUGAGGGUUAACCAAAAUGUUGAUGUCAGAACAGCAGUGAUGCUCUUGCAUUGGUAACCACUUGUUGCCAUUUGAGAGGCAUGCUGUUGUGCUGUUACAGUUUUUCUUUACAGCACUUACACAUUUAGCACGAUAGAAGAUGAGGUAUGUAUGUGUGCAAUGUCAAGUAAUACUUCCUCUCAGUGAGUACCUUGUUUUAGAUUCAAAACUCCUAUUCAAUAGUGGCAAUAUUUAAUGCUUGAUUUUGUUUUCCUGUUAUAUUUUUGUAACAAUUUUAGAAAUGGAAAUCAUUGUACUACUAUUUUUGUAGAUGUAAAAAUCAUUAUUAUGCCCCUCAAUUUUUAAAGAGUACUUUAUCACAGUACACUAGCUUGCUGGAUUAGUAACAGGUAACAUCAAAUAUGCUUUGCCUGUACUGCAAAGCUGUUUUUUUUUUGGCUAGUUUAAGCCAUUGUGACACAAGCAAAGAACCACACAACUGAAAUACCAGUUACUUUGCAGAAUUACUGUGAAUAUGUAAACCUAAUAUAUUAACCUGCCUUGUUUCUCAGCUUAAAUGGUACUGUUAAAAGUUUUUAUAUAAGAUAGAAGGGAGUUUUGUUCAAUAUUUCAACAGGCUAGCACUUCUCUUACAUUCUUGGAGUUUUUGUGAAGAGAGAAGAAUGUAAUAACAGGUUUAUAUUGAUGAUUGAUGGUGGCUAUAAUUUGUAUAUUUACGAUAUUUAUAAAAUUAAGAGCGGUAAGUUCCCUUCACAUUUGAUUCUUAAAACAAAUCUUAAAUAAGGUUUAAGGUUGCACUUUUGUAUGUGACUUGAAUAAACACUGCAAAUGAUCUAUACAUAUAAAAUGACUCUUAAGGAUAAUGACAUUUGAAGCACUUAAUCAAAUAAUAUAUUGUACCCUCUCAGGAGCAAAGCCAGGUCUUAAUCAUUUCAGCAGCCUAUCAUUUGAGGCGUUUACACCACUCCAAGUGACAUUGCCUCUAAAUGGAAUAGUAGAUAUUCCCUAUAAUCUAAUAUAAUAAUAAAACAGAAAAUAAAACAAAUCAAAACUAUUUGAGCAAUGAAGUAAAACACUCAGAAAAGAGAAUUUGAAGAUUUUUUUUUGCUUUGUUUUAUUUUAUAUUGUAAAUAUUUGCUUUUUUUUUUUUUUUUUUGUACUGAAAAAUCGAUUUCAAAGCUUCCUUUAUCUUGCUUAUGAACUUGAUAAAGGAUUUUAUAUGUGAAAAACUUUCAAACACAAAUCAUAAUUUUAAUAAUGUUUCAUUAUAAAAUGUUGUAGCUCAAUUUCUGUCCUAAAACAAUUCUGCUAAACAGGUCCAUUUUGAUAUGAAUCGAGCUACAUAAUCUUGUUGCAUCUUUGUCUUUUUUUUUUAUUAUUGUCUGUCAUCUAGGCAAAAAAAUAAAAAUUAAUAAUAAUUUUUUUAAAGAAUUUUAGAUAAGAUUUGCUUGGUAAUAUACCAAAGUCAAUUUAUGGGGACUAGAUAAUCAGAUAUUGUUUUUAAUGUCUAGUUAAGCAAAGUAAUAUAUUUUAAGUAAUAUAUUUUAAUAUAAGAAAUAAUUUUACAAACCAUUUAAGAUACAGGGUAUUUACUAUAUCUUUAUAUUGGCUGUCCCAUUUUGUUUGACCUUUGUCAAAGGUGUACCUAAACGUUUUACACCUUUUUGUACCAGUGCCCUUAUUACUGCUCCUUUGAGUAUUUUGGUCUUUACUUUUAUGUAGUCUUGCCUGCAAUACAUUCACGUGCCCUUGCAGUGGAUUUGAAAUUGACAAAAAAAAAAUUGUCAUUUACAGUUAAUUUAAGUGAUUACUGAAAGAUUAACUUCUUACAAAAUAAUGUAUACCAGGUUAUUAAACUAUAGCUUGGUAGUUGUGUUGUGUUGUGUUGUGUUGAAUGUAUUUGGGUGUGAGGGUGUUUUUUUUCUUUCUUUAUUUUUCAGGUGGCUUUCAAUUUCUUAUUUUGUCAGUGGGUUACUCUAAACUGUCGCUUUCAUUUACAUAUAUAUGCAGCAUUUAAUCAUACAUACAAGAGACUCAAAAAUAUUACUGUGAUACCUCUGUUAUAUGUUAUACCAGGCCUUAAAACUGAUUUCGUAAAUUGUUGUUUAAAUUAACUCACAAUUCUUGGAAAUAUUUUAAUUAGUGCUGUAAACAAGCAGUGUUUAACUGUCAUUUGUUAUUUACUGCCUUCAUUUACUUUGCAUGACUUACCACAACUCUAUCCACAACCUUGUAACAUUUUACUGAUUCAAUAUUGUCCUCUGCACAACCUUGAAUUUGGAUGACUCAUAGUGUAGGAGGUGUUGGUAUUCCUGGAACAAUGUUUUUAAGAGUGGUUUCCACAAUGUGUGUUAUUUUAUGUUUUGAGAAGUCAAAUGUUUUAUGUAAAAUAAAGGCGAAUGUAAUAUAGUAUUUGUAAUCAGCACUUGUAAGCAAAGUGUAUUUUAUCAAGAAACAAUAUGAAUAAAAACA